CGGCGCAGCUGCGGCCGACGGCUGCUCUCGGAUCUGCGUCCCGCGCUGCUCCGGCGUACGAUACGGGGCCCGUGGAGCGAGGAGAGGCUGUUUUGGGACGAGGGGGUGUCUUCUGGGGCCCCCGGCCUGAAGAAGGCGAGGGAAGGUGGUAAGGAUGUGGGGCUCUCGGCCCUUAGUGUGAGGCAGGCAUGGUCGGCUAUGACCCAGAGGCAAAGUGCGUCUCCACGGUGGAAGCAGCUGCAGCAGGAUCAGCAUCGGGCUUCGUCACUCGGGUCCUGAUCAGCCCUUUGGACGUCAUCAAGAUCCGCUUUCAGCUUCAAAUUGAGCGGCUCUCCUUCAAAACUCCAGGGGCUAAAUAUCAUGGCAUCUUGCAGGCUGCACGGCGUAUAUUCCAGGAGGAGGGGAUAUUAGCCUUCUGGAAGGGUCACAUUCCUGCACAGCUCCUUUCAGUUGGCUAUGGAGCAGUUCAGUUCAUGGCAUUUGAAAGCUUGACCAAACUGGUGCACAACAUCACCUCAUACAAUGCCCGCAAUUCCUUUGUGCACUUCAUCUGUGGUGGACUAUCAGCUUGCACAGCCACUGUUGCAGUUCAGCCUGUUGACACACUACGUACGCGUUUUGCUGCUCAGGGUGAGCCUAAGAUCUAUCAGAACCUUCACCAUGCAGUGAUGACCAUGUACCAGACAGAAGGGCCUCGGACUUUCUAUAGAGGUCUGACCCCUACGAUCAUUGCUGUCUUCCCAUAUGCUGGUUUCCAAUUCUCCUUCUACAAUAUUCUGCAACAGUUUUCAGAACGGAUGAUUCCAGAUGAAGGAAAAGAAGGAGGCAAUGUUAAAAACCUUGUUUGUGGCAGCUGUGCUGGAAUCAUCAGUAAAACCCUCACUUACCCUUUUGACCUGAUCAAAAAACGACUGCAAGUGGGUGGCUUUGAGCGUGCCCGAGCAGCCUUUGGGCAGGUGCGGAUAUACAGGGGUCUCCUGGACUGCAUAAGGCAGAUCAUGCGAGAGGAGGGUCCGGGUGGAUUCUUUAAGGGCCUUUCACCCAGCUUGCUGAAGGCUGCUGUCUCUACUGGUCUCAUCUUCUUUACUUAUGAGCUGUUCUGCAGCCUGCUGUGUGCCCUGAAGAAUGCUGACAGCCCCAAGAGGAAGGGAGGCUGAAAGGGGCAUGUGUUUUGUCUACCUAGUGUUCUCCUGCAAGAGAGAAACUGAAGGCUUUGCUCUGUCUUUAUCAUGUUGGAAAUGUCAGAGCACCCAGAACUCCACUAGCCCAUAGGAAAUUGUGUCCUGUGUCCAAGCAGGGGAUGAAGGUGACUGCAGUUGUGCUAAAUGCACUGAAUUGCUUUACUGGAAGCUGUUAUAGAGAGCACUUCUUUGUUCUGUCUCCCCUGAUACCAAUGUGUGUUUAGUGAGGAGGGCAGCCAAGCAUACAACUAACUACCUGGCACAGACUGUGCUCUGACAAGACACUUGGUAAACUGGGUGAGUGCUUGUGCUUGCCGUGGGUCACAGACGGGUCCUGGACAGCUGGUGCUGCCUCACCAACAUAGCGCCGCUUAAUGCUGCAUUUGCACAACUUUAUUUUCUUCCUUUCGGCCCGCUCUUCACAGCUUAUUCUUUUCUCUGUUGCACAGGCAGCUCUGCACCAGAUUUGAAAAGACAGCUAAAACCACUUCAGCAUACACAGAUGCUUGGUUUUCGUUUCCUUUGCUGACGGUCGUUUUUUUCUCGAUUACAGCUUGCUGGCUGUGCCAGUUGUAAACACAGCAUCUUUUAGUGGAUCGUGCUAACUCGAGCUUGUUCUCCCUUUACCUCUGGUCAGCUUGAUUGUAUCUUAAGUGCCAAUUUCUCUUCUGGCAUAUCUUUUCUCUCAAGAUUUUGCAUUGCCUCGGUUGUGCUUUUUACAAAUAAACCCAAAGGGAGAAGAACCCCACUCUGUGAGGUUUCAACGCACAAGCCCAAUUCUUCAUAGUUUUUUGUUUCCCUGCUGCAAUGAGGUGGGUGAACAAGUGCUUUGUAGAUUUAAUUUAGACUAUGUUGGAACGGUGAAGGAAAGUCCAGUGGAAACUAUGCUAGAGUCUUUUUUUAAAAACAGUUUCCUGUGACAUUUUUACAGUCAUCAGGGUGUUAAUCCCAAAUGGUCUGGUCAAAUUCCAGCAUGACCAAUUCCAUUCUGUUGAUACAAGCUUCUCAAGCGAUUUUGAUUGCAUAUCAGUGUUACUUAUCCUGAGCUAUUGUGAGAGGCUCUUUUUAAAAAGCAGCUGUUUCACUGGUGGAUGAGAUAUCCAGUGAAAUUCUUACUGCAGAUGAUUUUGAGAGCUAUGUAAAAUUUGAUUCACUGUGCAUUGUCAGAUAGGAGGCUGAUAUAUGAGCCUCUAAGGAGGAGUUUUAAAUGCAUGCAUUAAGAAAAUGGACAUGAAAAUGCUGACAAGUUUUCUCAGAGUUCCUCAAUCCCACUGGCAUUUUCCUGUGUUACAUAGGCUCUAAUGAGGUCUCCUCAAAAUGUGCUUUAAAAUAUUUUGCCUUUGUUUACUGUUUAUCUGUUAUUCUUGGAAGGCAUCAUAGCCCAUAAUGACUUGGCGUACAUCAUAACCGGUAGUGAACUGAGCCACAUGACAUCCUUCAAAACAGGCAUAGGCAGGUUGGGGUUGUUACUGUUUUUUUGGCUACUGGUAGAGAGGAAUGCUAUAGCAAGGACAGAAAAGUUUCCAUGCUGACUUAGACCUCCAUACCCCCAUAGGAAAUCCGGAGCCAUCUGUCCUAUUUAAACAUUUAAACUAUUUAAACUAUUUAAACAGGACUCUUGUUUUAUGUGAAAGAGUUCAGCUGCACACAAUAGAGGUAAACUGGGUAGGAACUCAGCAGUGAGAAAUGUAAGCUCUGGAACAGAGGAUGAUUUUCUUUGGUUGUCACAGAGGCAAAGAAUAAAGAGCACAAAACUGUACUCUGUUAAGAUUAUGUCCCUUGAAUGUGCUGUGGGGCUUGAGGUCAUUCAGGCAAACUGCUUCAGGGUGUGUAGUGCUUGCCUGCUCCAUGGAAGGGGCAGCAAUGGAGAGCAUAGGGCAGCAUCUUCUCCCUCGGAUAGAUUUCCUCCACAACGCAUGACUUGCUUCCAGCAGGUGUCAGUGUUUAAGUUACGUCAGUCCAGCCUGGGCUCUGUAAGAGGCUCUCCUCGGGCAGAGCUUUGGCAUGCGACCUGGUUUAUACGUCCGUCAUGGAGGCCGUUAGGCAUAAAUGUUAGAGGCUCAUAAAGGCAGCUGAUCUUUCAGUGAGUGGAGGAGAAAGAGGUGACAACCUCAACUGUACAAUAUUGGAAGUUGCACCUAACCAUUGCUUUGGUCAGCAGCAUCUGUCCAUGAGGAGUUUGAGAUGUGCACUUGGCAGACUGAGAGUUGCUGUUGGGGAACCACUGUAAUGGCAAUGUUACUUUAGGGAGUAAGAGUCGUGUAAUGCAAAGAACUGUGGUAGCUCUUCUUUCUGAUGCUGCCCAAGCAAAACCCAUGAACACCAUUCGAAACAAAAUUUCCUAGAACCGGAAGAACGGGAGAUAGCUGUAGUCCCCUGGUUCUUCUGUACAACAGAACAGAUUAUCUCUUAAAAGUUUUGCAGUUCAGUGCAGAUCCAAGUGAACCCUGCGGUGGGUGACUUGCUGUGAGACCACCAGAGUCCAACUGUUGGGAUAGCUGGGAUUCACUGAUGUAACCCUGUCAGUAGGGAUUUGUGUAGCCUGAAAUUCACCUCUCAAGCGCUUGGCUGUUGUACUUGUUUUCCUCCAGUGCCUUCUAUUGUGAUAAUGUCCAAAAGCACUUAGGCAGAGCAUUACAUCUCAGCUGGAUGUGGCUCUGAGCAGCCUGGUCUGGUAGUUGGUGACCCCACACAUGCCAGGACAGUUGAAACUAGGUGAUCGUUGUGGUCCUUUUCAACCCAGGCCAUUCUAUGAUUCUGGGAUUGCACAAAUCACACUGUGGCAAUGGGGGUCCACCAUACCUGCCUGAAAUGGGAGAGCCCUUACGCACAAAUUCUGUGAUGGAUGCACUGUUUCCUUUAGCACUGACUAUCUUUGAGUUCCUAGAUGGUUGUAUGGGUGCUCAUCCAGUAGCAUCAUCUUUAAAAAUAAAUGAAUGUUUUACAGUUGGUUCUGGAAUUGACUGUUUUUAAUUUGCAUUUAAGCUGUUAUUGUGAUGCAGAACAAUAAUUCUCUCUGUUGUCUGGGUAGAUCUUUUGCAGCUGCUGUCAUCUGAAGGCAUGUGAGCACAAAGUGCUUAAAGCAUGUGGCUACCUUCAUAAAGACAAGACAUUAAAUACUUUGUUGUGCUCGUG